AAGUACACAAAGAAGAAAACACAGCGGGAGCGACGAAAAGUCUAAUCCAAAAAGAGGAUACAGAGGAAAUACUAUCUGUUCGUCUGCAAAAGCUGUUUUUAGUUCGAUCGUUCUUCCCUUUGACUCCAGGUGUCACAAUACAUGAGCUGAUUUAAGUUUCAUUCGGUCAUGGGCGACGACCAAGCUGCAGAAAUCCAGCUACUCAGGAGGCAGAAGGCCAAGCUAAUAGAAAUUCUAAGUAGCGAUGCCGACUUUGUGCUGCAGCAUGCGGACUCUCGCGGUCUGCUGUCUCCACACGGCUACCAGCAGGUGAAAGCUUGCCGUGUUCCUGGUGAGAAGGUGACCGAGCUUCUGGAUCAUAUCAUCCAGAGAGGGCCUGAAGCAGCACAGGGACUGCUGGAGCUGCUGAAGGAGCAGGCUCUACAGGAAACCUUCCCACUGCUUCAUUUUGUGAAGGACCUGCACGUCAGGUCACUCUCCUCAGAAACAACAAGGAAAAAAAGGGACUCACCUGAAUUACAAGAGAUCGUUCCAUUCAAAAAGCCCUGCAGCAAUGGCUCUCGCUUGGUGACGGAGAAGCAGUUGAUGGCCGCGGCACGUGCCGUUGGCAGAUCUUGGCGGGAGAUUGGCAGACUGGCUCUGGACAUCCCCUCGGUGAAGCUGGAGCAGAUUGAGGAGGACCACUCUCUGCACGUGGAGCGAGUGUUCGCCAUGCUGCACUACUGGAGGAACUGCCAGAGGGAAAAAGCCACGGCAGCUCACCUGCACUCCCUACUCAGUCAGGAAGACUUUGCACUGCCACCUGAAAGAAUCGACUUUCUGUUGGAGGCUGACUGAGCCCUUCACUGUCAGGUACCUGCAGACACCUGCUGAAACUCUUUCAAAGUGGAACGUUUUUACUCCCUGAAACUGUGCAUCAUAUCAGGAAAUAACACAUAAAAGAUUAUUUGAAGUGAUAAAUCAAGUCAUAAAUGUUUUUCAUAAGCCUCAAGCUGAUCGUCUACUUUUAAGCUAUAGUGGAGCUUCAUAUAUUGAUAUUUUCUUUUGAUUGUGUCUGCAGUAAGGAUUUUUAUUCUUCUUCAAGUCAAGGAAAUUAAGAAAACAACUGAGCCGUGCUCAUUUCAUUUUAUUGUAUAUACACUUUUUUUGUUUUCAUUGUUUCUCUCAAAUGUUCAAUAUUUAGUUAAUGUUCAGUCUGGCUCUGAAUGAACAGUUACCCUGUCAUGCUCCUUGUUAUUACAUAUCUCUGUCUUUUAGAUUAAAUGUACUUUGCAUCAUG